GGCGUUAGUGAACCGCGAUGGCUGCUCAUGCUAGCGAGCUUGAGAUUGCAAAGAAAAAUUUAACCGAUGCGAUUGGCGAUAAUGUCAAACAUUACUGGGCCAACCUGAAGCUCUGGUUCAAACAGAAGAUCAGCAAAGAGGAGUUUGAUAUCGAGGCACGUCGUCUGCUGGCUCAGGAGAAUGUUCAUGUUCACAAUGAUUUUCUGCUGGCUAUUCUCACACGCUGCCAGAUUAUCGUCUCUACACCAGAGGGCACUGGGCCAUUACAGUGGCAAGGGGGCUCUGCUUCAAAGCCCGGCAAACCAAAAGGAAAGAAAAAAUGUUCCUCCAGACAGAAAUUUGAUCAUCGUUUCCAGCCUCAGAACCCUCUGAGUGCCGCCCAGCCUUUCAGCCCUCGAGAAAUGGGUGGUGGAGGAGGAGUUGGUGAGGAGGAGGAGUUACGUCUCAGUGCGCACACGCUGCUGCUGCCCACACGGGGUCAGCUGGAGGCUCGCAUGAUGGUGACGGCCUUUGAGCUGGGUCUGGACAACAUCACAGAAGACUCUGUCAACACCAUGAUCCAUGCUGUCGAGCACCAUCUGAAAGACGUCCUGACGGCUGUAAUCACACGGAGAAAGGCCUAUCGCCUACGGGAUGGUCACUUCCCAUACGCCUUUGGCAGUGAUGUCACACCGCAGCCUUAUCUGAAGAACAGCCUGGCUGCAUACCACAGUGUGACUGAAUGUCCCCCACCCAGUGCUUCCCUUCCUGCUGGCCCACCACCUCAGGUGUCGCCUGAUGAGGCCGAGCAACAAGCUGUUCACUUACUGGCUUGUUCUGCAGACAUGCUCCCCGCGCCCCUUCCUCCAAUCAGCAUGUUUGAUCUCCUGGAGGCUUUGCAGGUUCACCACAGUGUGAUGCCCUCUCACACCAUGUAUGCUCUGAACAUGGAGCGCAUCCUCGCCCGACUCUGGCACCCCAGCCAUGAAGAACUGGAGCAAGACCACGUACACCGUCAGCGCCUCGCUGCCAAGGAGGGCAUCCUUGUCAGCUGAGAAUCACUUACACAGGACUGAAUGUGAGCAGUGGAUAACAAAAAACAAACCUAUAAAAUACCCAUGAGAAAAAUCAUGGGUCAGAAAAACAGGUUGCUUUUACUCAUAAGGGGAAAACUGCUUUCUUUUUGUGGAAAAGUAAACGCAAGAGGCAAGAGUGGAGUGAAAUGAAACAGAACAGCCAAAAACCAAGAGUUGAUUUAUUUUUGUCUGUUCCUCCAGCCAUUUUUGCUGUUAAAUGUAAUAAUUUGGAACUUAAUUAAAAUAGUAAAAGUGUUUAAAGUGAUGAUUAGCAGCAGCUACAGCCACUAGUGACCAUGGUGUGAAUGUAUUUGCGUCUCAGACAACUGAAACAGAAUGAACUGUACCUUAACUGCAGGUCAUCUUGUUCAUGUUGUUAAAAAACAUCAAACAAAAGUGUACAAAAGUGAGGAGACAAAAUAUUUCACUUGAGAAAAGCAUUCCUAAAAACUGUUACACACAGGUGUGUUCAUUGAACUCUGCUGAUUAGGUUUGCCCAGCAGGAAAUAUUCACUCUGACUGAGUUGGAGGGGGUGACAAUCCCUUGUUCAACAAACUCGGGACAAUUUCAGGGGCAGUCUGCCUAAAAUAUUCAAGAUUCAUGCAAAUAGCAACACUUUUUCUGUUUUUGGUGGGUGGGGGGUGUCAAGCAGCUGCCUGUACCUUGCAUGUAUCACACAUGCAGUAUGAGACAUAACACUUAAGUAUGACAUUGCACCGACGAUUUGAUGUUCUUUCCCAUGCAUAGAAAUAAACAUUUAUUAAGAAAAGUUUGAGUCACAAACUGCGUUCACCAGCUUGCAAAGACCCUGUUAUAGUAGUCAUUUAAAUUUAAUAGGUUAUCCUUCAAUUCAUCCCUUUGACAUUAAAAGGAACCCUGCUUUUCAAGACAUAUUGACCUUAUUGGAUUAACAUCAGCGUUUUACAUGUAUGAUAUAUAAAUGUUCCAUGUGGGGUAGGAAGUGGAGGACAGCUGUUAGGAAUGAUGGAAACAGAGGAAAGUCAGCACUUUAAAGCUCUUAAUGGACCCGUGUAAAUAUUGUUAUAAAAUUUCCACAUCCGUUGAGAACCAUCACUACAUUUUACAACUUGGCAUUGAGGUGAUCAAUAUCACAAAUUACUCAGUCCUGCAGACCUCCUAGAAUCUAACGUUGUCUAGCCAAAUGAAGGGAGUCAAGAGUCUUGAGGAAUCUUGUACUGAGCUAAGAGGCUUGGUAAAAACUCGUAAAUUUGUCAUAAACAUCUUUUGGUAAUUGAAACAGUGAUAUACUUUUAACUAAAUUACACGAUCAAGCCUGUUCUACAAAAUAGCUCUUUAUGUGAGCCAUGGUUGUUAGCUCCCAUUUGAGUACCGGUUUCCUCUCCUUUGUUUUUGUCGUUAUUUAAUCCAUACAAAAUGGAGAUACAGGGUUUCUGCCAUGCUAUAAAAGAGACUAAUGUUAACCCAGUAAGGUCAGUUUGUCUUUGUAUGCAGGUUUCCUCUCAACAUUGUCUUUUACCAGCUCAGUUGAUGUAUCCUCAGUCUCAGUCUGACCCACAAUCCUUCACUGCGCAGAGGAUUGUGGGUCAGAAUCGCCAGAAAAAGCCUUCUGGCUUACAUAAUCAAAAUGGGAGUAGCAUGUACGAAGACAUCCUGAUAUUUUUACGGACUAAAUUAAACUCAGGGACAUCCCAAAUUUUUUUUCUGGCAUAUUUAACACAAUAGAAGUGUGAAUAUCUGAAUGCUUCUACAUUCUUAGGCGUUUAAGCUGUGAGCUGCAUUUUAAUGAGUAUAUGAGGUCAUCCUCUGUUAUGCAUGAAUAACACUGACAGUGACUGAAAUGGUACCACCUUUACAGAUGCACAGUGAAUUUCAAUCAAACGGCUGUUUCUGCAGGGAUCUGAAAGAGGUCUAAUCAAGCAGUAAGUGAAAACACCUGUGGGGGUUUACUGUGGGCGUGUAGGGUCUUAAAAAUCUGCUGGACAGCUGCAACCCACCCCUCAUGAACAUACCUUUAAACCAUCUCCAAACUAUUCCUUUAACAUUUACCGGUGUCUGCUUAUAGCUAGCGAGUGUCUGUCAGUGUUGGAGGUCCACACUGAAGCUGAUGUUUUUAUGUCUCGGUCUUCAGACUGUAGAUUUGGAAGGCAUGUGGACAUGCAGUUCUUUUUUAAAUAACAUUUGUUUGUAAUUUAUUGAACAUACAGCAGUUGGAAAAAUAAAGUAUUUUUGUAUGUUU